GUGAGUGCAACAGCAGCGUGCUGCGUGCUGCGUGCUGCGUGCUGCGUGCUGCGUGACUGACCGAAACAUACACAUGUUGCUGGUCUGAAGAUUUAUCUGCCAAGCUACGAAAACACCCAAAGCACAGUUACAGCAACAUGGCACCUACAGAUUUAAAAAAUUUGGUCAGAAGAUUUUAUGUACUUCAAGCUGAGCGUGUGGAGGCAUACAAGCUAUUUGAGGAGGGUCAUGAGGCGUACUUAAGGACGGGGCCCCACUAUGACUUCGAGCACUACAAACAGCUGGUACAUGAGAUAACGAAAGCAUUCUGCGGCAUUUCCAAUGAGGUUCUGCAGAUUAAAGAGCAACUGCACCAAGACUUCGACCGGCCCGACCUCUCCGAACACAUUGACAAACUGCAGAUUAAAGAGAAGGAGAAACUAGAGCUGACAGCUAAGUUACAGUUGGCCAAGCAGAAUGCCCAGGAUCACCCAGAAGAUGAGGAUUUCCAAGAGAAAGUCCGUGAGAUCAAACAGGAUAUCAUAAAGAAUGCAGCCGCUUUAAGUGAGAUUCUGCAAGACUUCAAGUAUGACUCAGAGGAGCCGGAGUGAGAUUCAGUCAGUCUCAGGAGACAGAGAUGGAUUCAGAUCCUCUAUGAACUUACCUUUCUAAUGAAGAGUCAUCUAAGGUAUCGAUCGCUGUCUCAGGCGUUGCAUAGACAGAGUGCAUUGCUGCUGCUGAUGCAGGCUUUGCAAUGCAUAUUUUUAUUAAAGAGAGUUUGGCAUCUUUUUAUUUCAUUAUUUUUUAUACUUUCAGAAUAGCUUAUGACGUUUUGUUUGCUAAACCAACACAAUUUUCAUUUAAAGCAUAGAUCUGUUCAUUCUGAAUGUAAAUAACGUUCAUUAUUAUGUGCAUAAUAAUAAUAUUCAGCAAAAGCUAAUGUGUUACAAUAUAUAUGAGCAUUCCUUAAAUAUUUUGAAGACAUUUAUACAAACAAAACUAUUUAUACAUAAUGAUACAGUAUUUACAUGAUGUUUUUGAACACA